UUGAUUUUUGAACAGCGAUUCGGAUACCAUACCGCCUUUCUUUUCAAGUCGUUAAUUUGCUUUGAAAUCACUCACGAUGCGUUGGGCUUCUGCUGCCAUUGUGCUCGCUGGCGCCAAAUCCUUGGUUGUGGCCCUGGAUCCCGUCUCGGUCGUGGGCAACAAGUUCUUCAACAAGGAUGGCUCGCAGUUUUUCAUCAAAGGCGUUGCGUACCAGCUUGUCCCUCAGGAUCCCCUCAUUGAUACUGCCCAGUGCAAGCGUGAUGCCAGCCUCAUGUCGGAGCUUGGAGCCAACACCAUUCGCGUCUACCACGUCAAUGCCACUGCGGAUCAUGACGGCUGCAUGCAGGCAUUUGACGAUGCUGGCAUUUACGUCCUUGCUGAUCUGGACACGUUUGAUACCUACAUCCUUCCUGACAACAACUACUGGGACAAGGACAAGUUCCAAAGCUAUGCUGCGGUGAUGGACGCCUUUGAAAAGUACGACAACAUCUUGGGAUUCUUCAUUGGAAAUGAGAACAUUGCUACUAAAGAUGAUUCUCCCACUGCUCCCUAUCUCAAGGCUGCCGCCCGCGACAUGAAGGCCUACCGCGACGCACAGGGCUAUCGUGAGAUCCCCGUCGGCUACUCGGCGGCCGAUAUCCUGGAGCUCCGUCCUGCGCUUCAGGACUACCUCACCUGCGGUGGCAACUCGUCUGAGAUUGUCGACUUCUUUUCCCUCAACUCUUAUUCGUGGUGCGACCCCAGUACCUAUGUUGGGUCCACUUACAAUAUGCUUGAGGAGUACGCCAAGGACUUUCCCGUCCCCAUCUUCUUCUCCGAGACUGGAUGCAUCAUUCCCGGCCCUCGCCUCUGGGAUGACCAGGAUGCUGUUUUUGGCCCAAAGAUGGUUAAUGACUGGAGCGGUUCCAUCGUCUACGAAUGGAUUCAGGAGGAAAACUCAUACGGCAUCAUUACCUAUGGCCCUCCCGACCAACCUGCUGGCCCCAAUGUUGAGGGCGGAUUUUUGCGCAAGGGCACUCCUCAGCCCAAGUCGCCCGACUUUCCCAACCUCAAGUCCAAGUGGGCGACCAUCAGCCCAUCUGGCGUUUCAAAAUCCGCCUAUGACCCAGACAGUGUCUCAACCCGAGCCUGCCCCAAGUCUUCUGCUGGCAGCUGGUGGGAAGUUGAUGGCGAUGUCAAACUGCCUACCUUGGGCCAGGUACUGGCUACACGUGCUCCCACCCAAGCGGCCAGAAAGGAGGCCGAG